AAACUCUCAGACUCCAAACCGGAAGCUGCUGAGAAAGUCAAAGUUCAGUCUUUUUUACUUUUUGACACUAAAACCAACCCCCAAAUACACAAAACAUGUCUAAGCGCGCCGGCCGAUCCCCCGCAAAGCACGCCCAUUCGCACGACCACGAGGACCACGACCACGACCACGACGACCACGAAGAAGGCACUGAGGCCGAGCAGCAAGCUGCCAUCCAGGCCCUCCUCGCCCAGAACCCCCAGCUCGCUGCCAUGAUCAACAGCCGUCUUGGCUCCAUUGCUGGCCAGUCGUCCGGCCUGCUCGAGUCCUUCCCCGAGGACGUCCAGCGCCGCAUCAAGGCUCUCAAGAACCUCCACGUCAAGCACCUCGAGCUCGAGACCGAGUACCAAAAGGAGGUCAACGCGCUCGAGCGCAAGUACCUCAAGCUGUACACUCCCCUGUACGAGAAGCGCGCCACCAUCGCUGCCGGCGCUUAUGAGCCCACCGACGAGGAGGCCAACUACGUCUCGGACAACGAGGAGGACGAGGAAGACGACGACGAGGAGGAGGAGAGCAAGAAGGACGAGAAGCCCGUCAAGAAGGAGAAGGAGGACGAGGACAAGCCCGCCGAGCCUGUCAAGGGCAUCCCCGCCUUCUGGCUCACCACCCUCAAGAACCUCGACAUGCUCACCGAGCUCAUCCGCGAGGAGGACGAGCCUGCUCUGCUUGCCCUGAAGGACAUUGUCAUUGCCCCCCUGACCGACAACGACGGCUUCCAGCUCGUCUUCCACUUUGACGACAACGAGUUCUUCACCAACAAGACGCUCACCAAGACCUACACUGUCUCGAUGGAGAAGGGCGGCGAGCUCGUCUACUCUGGCACCACCGGCUGCGACAUUGCCUGGAAGGAGGGCAAGAACCUGUCGGUCAAGACCAUCACCAAGACCCAGCGCCACAAGGGCAAGGGCACCAAGCGCACCGUCACCCAGACCGUCCCCAACGAAACCUUCUUCCAAUUCUUCUCUCCCCCCAAGACCCCCGAGGGCGAGGACGAGGAGCUCGACGAGGAGCAGGAGGGCCUGCUCGCCCAAGACUUUGAGAUUGGCGAGACCCUCAAGACCCGCGUCAUUCCCCACGCCGUCCUCUGGUUCACCGGCGAGGCCCUCGACUACGAGGACUACGAAGACGAGGAAGGCGAUGACGACGAGGAGGACUACGACGACGAGGAGGGCGACGACGACGGCGAGGAUGAGGAGCAAGACGAGGACUUUGACCCCAAGAAGGCCCAACCUAACAAGCCUGCCGAGUGCAAGCAGCAGUAAAAAGCAAAAAAAAAAAGUGAAGAAGCCAAAAACCAAAAGAUGGGAAGGAAAAUUGACAAUGGACAAUGUUCGUUUGUUGGGUUUGUCUUCUUUUUUCCUUCUUUUAUUUUUGAGCUCUGUUCCUUGUUGUGAGUGUUGUCGUGUAAUUGCUUUGAUAUGUUAAACAUGAAUACCUUUUCUCCGCU